AGGAUGGUCAUUGAACCAAUUGUGCAUUUCUGCAGCAUGUUGGGAUCAUUUGUUCAAAACAUUUAUAAUUGUUUCAGAACUUGUUGAUUCCUUCAAACUCAUUUCUGCAUGUUUUUUGAAUGCAUGUAUAAAAAUACAUAGGGUUUUCCUGAAAAAGCUCAUUGGCAUUUAUCGAAAACCCUAUGUAUAAAUAUACAUAGGGUUUUCCUGAAAAAGCUCAUUGGCAUUUAUCGAUGACCAUAAAGCAUAUAUAAAAACAAAAUGAUGACAAAAUGGUAAAGUAAACUGCAGAAACACAGACAUGGAAGUUAUUUUGACUCGUCUGACUUGUUUCUCAAUAACAAUCCUUAACAGCUCCUGAACAUGUCAAAACUGAGAAUAUAAAAAUUGAGGGGAAAAAGUAGACACUAGACAGAGACGAUCAUGGACAGCAAGCCCGGCAAACUGCUGGAUUCUUCAUCGUUUCCUCUGGAAAUCCUCUGCAAUGGGCCUCUGCUGUGUGGGAUCAAGACGAUCUGUUACGUACAUCAUUCACGUAUUUCUGCAAGCAAAUUCGUGAAGUUUUUGAGUACCCUGCAGUGGGACGCGAUAUUUCUAUGCAGUUAGUGGAUCUGUGCUAAAGAAACCUGCUCUGGAUCCAUCAGACAUCAAACAACCUCCAAGAUCCCAACCAGUCUGGCUUUAAAGCAGCUCAUUCCACAGAGACAGCCCUUCUACACGCUGCCAGAUCAGCCAAACUGUCAUCCGUCCUUAUCCUCCUUGACCUUUCAGCAGCGUUUGAUACGGUCAACCACAAGACUCUCUUGUCCACCCUCAGGAGUCUUGGGAUUUGCGGAUCAGCUUGGGAAUGGUUCGCUUCCUACCUGGAAGGACGCUCGUAUCAGGUAACAUGGAGGGGAGAGACAUCUGCUCCACGCACACACUGCACUGGUGUCCCACAGGGCUCAGUACUUGGUCCUCUUCUUUUCUCCCUGUAUACUCACUCUCUUGGUGAAGUUAUUUCCUCACAUGGGUUCUCUUACCACUGCUAUGCUGAUGAUACAAAACUUAUCUUCUCUUUCCCACCCUCAGAUUCCACAGCUUCUGAUCGGAUCUCAGCAUGUCUGGCAGAAAUAUCAUCAUGGAUAACUGCUCAUCAGUUAAAGGUCAAUCCUAACAAAACUGAACUGCUGUUCAUCCCAGGUGAUUCAUCCCUAGGUCAUGAUCUUGCUAUAUCCUUUCACAACGAUCUGAUCUCCCCUUCAGCCACAGCUCGCAACCUUGGGGUAACCAUGGACAAUCAACUGUCCUUUUCCUCUCAUGUUGCUAAUGUGACUCGCUCAUGUCGGUUUCCUUUCUACAACAUUAGAAGGAUUCAACCAUUUUUGUCCACACAGGCUGCUCAUGUACUUUUCAGUCUCUUGUCAUUUCUAGACUGGAUUACUGCAAUGCACUGCUGGCAGGUCUACCUAUGAACGCAAUCCGUCCUCUGCAAAUGAUCCAAAAUGCAGCUGCCCGGCUUGUUUUCAACCUGCCAAAGUUUUCCCAUACCACCCCGAUGCUGCGAUCCCUCCACCGGCUUCCGGUAGCUGUACGCAUCAGAUUCAAAACACUGAUGCUGGCCUACAAAGCCAAAAAUGGACCAGCUCCCUCUUACCUCAAAACACUUCAACUAGUACUUCUUUCCUUAUCUUUUGCAUUUUAAAAAAAACAAAAAAAAAACACACACACACAACCUUUGACACUUUUCAUUGUAACUUUGAACAAUUGUUUUAAACUCAUGGUAUCUUAAGUAUGUAACCUAGUGAGCCAACAUUAAUGUAGUCAAUGUUAGAGAUUUAAGCACUUAUGUACGUCGCUCUGGAUAAGGGCGUCUGCCAAAUGCUGUAAAUGUAAAUGUGCCAAGGCAAUCGUACUGCUGCUGAAUACGCUGUCGAUUUACAAAAGUGGAUUGAACGAGACAGCAUUGAAGCCAAUAUUUAAACCUGGUCUACAUCCUAAGUUACAGUCAGAGAUAGCGUGUAAGGAUAUGGAAAUGGAUUUACAACAACUAAUAUCUAUGGCUAUCCGCGUUGAUUAUCUGCUUCGUAACAGUCCCACGAGCCCGUUUACCACUUCAAUGACUACUCUGCUGCUAGUUAUCUGGAACCUGGUGAACCCAUGCAGAUCGGAUUCACUACACCAUCCAUGGAAGUACGAGAGCGGCGGCGGGUCCACAAACUCUGUUUUUACUGUGGUCAACCAGGACAUCAAUGUCGUUUUUGCCCCAACAAACCUACACUGAGUAAAUGCUAAUAGAUUCUGGAUCAGCUCUAAACCUAAUCCAUCAUGAACUGGUUACAAAACUCAACAUACCUGUAAUUCCAUGCAUGCCACCAAUCAACAUUACUGCCAUCAAUGAGGGAGCUCGUCCAUUUCAGAUAGCAAUUUCAUCCUGGCUAACGCACAGGUAGCAAAGGGGUUUCCCAUAGUUUACUGUUCAGAUGGCUUCUGCGAGCUGACGGGUUUUGCACGUACUGAGGUCAUGCAGCAGAGUUGUGCAUGCAGGUUUCUUUAUGGGCCCGAGAGCAGUGAACAUGCCAUCUUGUGUGUGGACUCUGCCCUUGAAGAGCGCAGUGAGCUUAAAGAGGAGAUUAUGUUCUAUAAGAAGAAAGGUGGUGUGUUCUGGUGUCUUCUGGACAUUGUGCCUAUUAAGAACGAGAAAGGCGACGUUGUUCUCUUCCUCGCUUCAUUCAAAGACAUCACAGACACCAAAGCAAAAGUCAUCCCAGUUGAAAAGAAAGAAGAGCAUCAUCAUGGCCAGAUUAAAGGUGGAUCUUCAUUCAGCUCUGCUCAUGUUCACUCUAACACUGUCCUCCAUAACAUCUCAGGACAUCUCCACAACCGGCAGAAAAAAAACAAACUCAAACUCAACAAGAAUGUUUUCGGUGAUCUGCCAGCACUGCCAGAGUACAAAGUGGCAGAUGCCAAGAAGUCCAAGUUCAUCCUCCUUCACUUCAGCACAUUCAAGGCCGGCUGGGAUUGGCUAAUCCUACUAGCCACUUUCUAUGUGGCUGUGACUGUGCCAUACAAUGUGUGUUUUAUUGGUGAUGAAGAUUUGACACGUAGCACCACUGUCAGUGACAUCGCUGUGGAGAUCCUUUUUAUCAUUGACAUAUUGUUUAACUUUCGCACUACAUAUGUGAGCACAUCUGGACAAGUGAUCUUCGAUGCUCGGCAGAUCUGCAUCCACUACAUGACCACCUGGUUAAUAAUCGACUUGGUGGCUGCAUUGCCCUUUGAUCUCCUCUAUGCCUUCAACGUUAGUGUGAUCUCGGUUGUGCACUUGUUGAAGACGGUACGUUUGCUGCGCCUGCUGCGUCUGUUGCAAAAAAUGGACCGAUACUCCCAGCACAGCACAGUGGUGCUCACCCUGCUCAUGUCCAUGUUUGCCCUGUUGGCCCACUGGAUGGCCUGUAUCUGGUACAUCAUUGGAAAGAAGGAGAUGGACAGCAAUGUGAACACGACAUGGGAUAUCGGUUGGUUACAUGAGCUGGGAAAGCGUUUGGAGCUCCCUUAUACCACAGUGAAUGGAUCUGCUAACAGCGGUCCAUCAUUGCGCAGUGUCUACAUCGCAUCACUUUACUUCACUCUCAGCAGUUUGACAAGUGUGGGCUUUGGCAAUGUCUCUGCUAAUACUGAUGCUGAGAAGAUCUUCUCUAUCUGCACAAUGCUUAUUGGAGCACUAAUGCAUGCUGUAGUAUUUGGUAAUGUGACAGCCAUCAUUCAGCGCAUGUAUUCACGUUGGUCAUUGUACCAUUCACGAACAAAAGACCUGAAGGACUUCAUAAGAGUGCAUCACCUGCCGCAGAGUCUCAAGCAGCGCAUGCUAGAAUAUUUCCAGACGACCUGGUCUGUCAACAAUGGCAUAGACUCAAAUGAGCUCCUGAAAGACUUCCCUGAUGAGUUGCGUUCAGACAUUGCCAUGCACCUGAACAAGGAAAUUCUGGAAUUGACUGUGUUCUCAUCUCUGAGCCAUGGUUGUCUUCGCUCUCUGUCGCUGCACAUAAAGACGUCAUUUUGCGCACCUGGAGAAUACCUCUUGCGACAAGGAGAUGCACUGCAGGCCCUGUUCUUUGUCUGCUCUGGCUCCAUGGAGGUGCUUAAGGAUGGCAUGGUGCUUGCAAUUCUUGGUAAAGGGGACCUGAUUGGUGCCAACUUGUCAGUGGAAAACUGGGUGAUAAAGACAAGUGCAGACGUGAAAGCACUGACAUAUUGUGAUUUGCAGUGCAUUAAUCUGAGGGGACUGUAUGAGGUGCUAGACCUGUACCCGGAGUACUCCCACCAUUUUGUUCAGGACAUCACUCAAGACCUCACCUACAACCUCAGAGAGAAGAAAGGGAGCCAUGUUGAGAGGAGGACAAAUGGAAGCUUGAGCCAACACAGUGGAACCACAAACUCUCACCGACAUGAGGAAGAACUUCACAUUCAACACAAUGCAGUUACCAAACCUGACCUCCCUAAUCUCAGUCCCAGGGUUGUUGAUGGUACAGAAGCUAGUGACGGAACAGAGACAGGAAACUCUUCAGCAUUCUCUUUCACUUCUGGUUUUCAGAACAGUUCAGCAAACACAAAUACCAGUAAAACAGGUAUUCUGCAGGUAAGCUCGGCUGAGCUAGCGGCUAAAUCAGAAGAGACCAGGGGACAUUUAGGCCAUCUUGACCAUAAGGUAAGCUCCCUUGGACAGGAAGUAGCUGAACUUAGCCGGGUAAUGAAGAGCCUUGCCUUUCUUAUCGAAUCCAUGAAGGUUUUGCCACAAACAGCCGAUAUCUAUAACCCUCUCUGCACCAAAGGACAUUCCAUACAAUCCCUUACUCCUGUUACUCCUGAAGACCAGGUCAUACCUUGGAUUAAUUCCCAACUGGUGCAGACUGGGUUAACUCCUGGAGGAUUGACAACAAUCACAGCACAGGACCUGUGUCCCUCUGUUCUGUUUUCCCCAUCAGGCAUUAAUGACACUAGUACCAUCAAAAGCAGAUCCCAAAGCCUAAAAACUUUGCACCAAUCCCCACCCACUCACAUCACUGGAACAGUACUUCAUACUGCAAAGCUAUCAUGCGAAAAAGGGACAAGUCACAGUCCCCUGGGUUUGUAGCAACACAGUCCGAAUGGACAAAUCCCCGGGUAAUCUUAAGUGAAACCCUGAGGCAUGUGAACUAUGACUCAGAAGUGUGGAUUAACGCACAAGUUAAUUUAAAUAAUAUUUAUUUACAUACACGUUGAAUAGAAGCUAUUAAAUCUUAAAUUGUAUUACCAGUUUAUCAAUGUUCUGGUAACAGUCUACAGGGAAAUGAGCUGAUCGUUAUCAUAUUCUGACCUUAACUUCUCUUAAACUGUCUAAAAGUUCUAAACAAGUUCACGCUAAAUGUGGCUGAAGUCAAGUCUCUGCUUUGGGUUUAAUGUAAUCGAUUAGAUAUAUAGUCUAAUCUAUUUCAAAACAUUGUGUAUAAAUCACUUUCAAUACAUGAAAAAACACGCACUUCCUCGGUCUCUAAUAGACGCAAAUGAUUCAAAGACAGUAACGUGUUGUAUUUAUGGUGGGUUUAAAAAUUCAAAUGUAGUUGCAGAUUUUGUACAUCACACCCUGUCAUACUGCUCUGCCUACCUAUGUAUGAUCAUUCAUUUAUGUUUAACCAUGAACGCAGUGCAAACACUAAAAAAAACACACUAAACAAAUGCUGAGUCUGACCAAAAUAGCAUGACAUUUCCAUUAACUGGGAAAUUGCACUUCCUCUGCUAUGAAAAUGCAGGCCUUAAACAAUGCUGUUAAUAAAUGCACUAAAUUCAUGGAAGAAGCCUGCAGAUGAUCACUGCAAUGAAAAGGUUUAUGUUAUCUGCUUAGUGAGCAAUUUUAAUGCAUGUCUGUGCACAUAUUCAACAGCCCUUUAGUCAGUUACUAAGACCAUAUUUAUUUAGUGCAUAUUUAUUAUCAGCACAGUUUGAUUAUCUACAUCUACAAAAAUAUCUUCAGGUCUUGCCUGUUUUCAUUUUAAGAGCAUGUGUAGUAUAAUUUGGUGUGGCAUAACAAUAGGUCUUUAAAACUCCAUAUAGAGUUAACCAGUAGGCAUGACAACCGCAUGAAAGUCAUUUUGACAUUGUGUGUGUGUGUGUGUGUGUGUGUGUGUGUGGAGGCAGGGUUGGAAGAUAGACACAACCCUGCAUGUUAGCAUUUCUUAGCAAAUUUUAUAUUUCCUUGUUUAUUUAUAUAAUCAAAAUAGAGUUUACCUGCAUCCUAGUUUUAGAACUGUCAAAAAGUCAAUAUAUUGCAAUAAUAUAUUAUAUAUUACAACAUUUUGCAAUGCUCAGUGCAACACUGCUGCAAACCCAGACACUCCUGCGCUGCCCCCCUUCUGCUGGAGCAUCUUGUCCCAGAAUGCUAACACUGCUAAAAAAUUGAUGAAAGGUAUCACAAGUGUAAUAUUUUGGUCAGAUUUUUCCUUCAAGUGUCACUCUUCUCAGUGUGUUUACUGGUACGAGAAAGCUGUAAUAUUCUGUUGCAUAAAACUAGGAUUUUGUUUUUAAUAUAUUUACAAAAAUCACUAUCUACAAAGUAUUUUUAUACCUCUGAUAAAUCCGGGCAUUGGUGUUUUGGGGCAGAGGGUAAUGCUUUGGGUAAAAUGUGUACAGUAUACUGACAAUUACACUCUCUGGUCUGAUGGGUAUGUAAAUGAAUAUUUAUAAGUAUCUUUUAUUUAUAUUAUUAUUAGCCUGUUAAGGUAAUAAAUUAGUACUACUGAUAAACCGAUAUAUGGGAUUGUCCUACUUAUAUUCUCUUUGUCUUUCAUAUCAAAAGAAAUCAGUUUGUUUGGAUAUCACGCACAUGUUUAAAUACCUAAUAAGUAACUUAAUACAGUACACAAUACACAUUUAAUUGUCCACCAUUGUACAAAUAUAAAAGGCAAAACUAUUAGAA